UAAUUCAUGCCCCAUGAGACAUGAGGCAAAGACAGGCGUGCCAAUUCUCUUUAUGCUACAAAAAAACAACACCAAACGCCUCAGUCUGCUUUUUCUUGGUUCUUUCAGAUUCUUGUGGAAAUUGUUUAUCAUCAUCAUCAAAUUUCAAAACCCAAAACCAUAAAGCUCAAAAAUCACACAACAAUCACAAAUCCCACUCAAUUAAUCCUCCAAAGUCCAAACAUCGAUCUUCUAUUCAAUCGAUUCAUUCAAACUUUGAUUGAAAUGAGAGUACAACGAGUAAAAACACCUUCCUUCUUUCUUCUCUUUCUAUCGUUUUGGGGUUGUUCAUACGCCUUACUUUCGCCAAAAGGCGUCAACUUCGAAGUUCAAGCUUUAAUGGGUAUAAAAGCUUCAUUGUUGGAUCCUCAUGAUGUUCUUGAAAAUUGGGAUGCUGAUGCUGUUGAUCCAUGUAGCUGGACUAUGAUCACGUGUUCUUCCGAAAGUUUAGUCAUCGGCUUAGGGACACCUAGUCAAAAUUUAUCUGGCACACUUUCUCCAAGCAUUGGCAACUUAACCAAUCUUCAGAUUGUAUUGUUGCAAAAUAACAACAUCACAGGGGCAAUCCCGGAAGAAAUUGGUAAAUUGAAGAAGCUUCAAACACUUGAUCUUUCGGAUAAUCAUUUCACCAAUGAAAUCCCAUCUUCUUUAGGUCAUUUAACAACCCUUCAAUACAUGAGGCUAAACAACAAUUCUCUUUCUGGGUCAAUCCCAGAAUCGGUAGCAAACAUGACGCAACUUGCAUUUGUAGACUUGUCCUUCAAUAACUUGAGUGGCCCUGUUCCUAGAUUUCCUUCCAAGACCUUUAACAUCAUUGGGAACCCAAUGAUGUGCAAAACAGGAUCCGACCAACAAUGUUAUGGAAUGACACUUAUGCCCAUUUCUAUGCCAUUAAACAACACACAAUCCGAAAACAACUUGGAAAAACGUAAAACUCAUAAAAUCGCUAUUGCUAUUGGUACAAGUGUUGGAUGCAUCUUGUCACUCUUAUUUGGAAUUGUGUUGAUUUGGUGGAGGAAAACUCGUAAUUGUGAACUCUCAUUUGACGCAGAAGAUAAACAUCCGGAAGAAGUUUCACUCGGAAACUUGCGGAAAUUUCAACUCCGGGAACUUCAAAUCGCAACACACAACUUCAGCAACAAGAACAUAUUAGGAAAAGGGGGUUUUGGGCAUGUCUACAAAGGGAUCCUCCACGAUGGAACAUCGGUGGCUGUCAAGCGGCUGAAAGAUGGCGGAGCCGCCGGCGGAGAACGGCAGUUCCAAACAGAAGUCGAAAUGAUUAGCCUAGCAGUUCACCGGAAUCUCCUCCGGUUAUACGGAUUCUGUAUGACUCCGACUGAAAAGCUCUUAGUCUACCCAUAUAUGUCCAACGGCAGUGUCGCUUCUCGCCUCAAGGCAAAACCAGUGUUGGAUUGGGGCCUUAGGAAGAAAAUUGCAUUAGGGGCAGGAAGGGGAUUGUUGUACCUUCAUGAACAAUGUGACCCUAAAAUCAUUCAUAGAGAUGUCAAGGCUGCAAAUAUAUUACUCGAUGACUGUUGUGAGGCGGUUGUUGGUGAUUUUGGGCUCGCAAAGCUUUUAGACCAUCAAGAUUCUCAUGUCACCACUGCGGUUCGAGGCACCGUGGGCCAUAUUGCUCCCGAGUAUCUUUCAACGGGCCAAUCGUCUGAGAAGACAGAUGUUUUUGGAUUUGGGAUCCUUCUGCUUGAACUCAUCACGGGUCAACGGGCUCUAGAAUUUGGGAAAGCCGCAAAUCAGAAAGGAGCAAUGCUUGAUUGGGUGAAAAAGAUCCAUCAAGAGAAGAAACUAGACAUAUUAGUAGACAAAGAUUUAAAGAAUAAUUACGAUCGAAUGGAGUUGGAAGAGCUUGUAAAAGUGGCUUUGUUGUGUACACAGUAUCUUCCCGGCCACCGGCCAAAGAUGUCGGAAGUUGUACGGAUGCUGGAAGGCGAUGGGUUGGCAGAGAGAUGGGAAGCUUCACAGGGGAUAGAGUCCACCGGAAAGUUCAGAACGCCGGAGCUGUCUUCGUCGGAAAGAUAUUCUGACCUCACAGACGACUCUUCGUUACUUGGACAAGCCAUAGAACUCUCUGGCCCAAGAUGAGUUAGUUAUGUAUUAUCAAGUGUAUCUAUUUUUUUAUUAUCAAGUUUUAGUUUUAAAUUAAUUUUUUUAGUUCUUAAGUCGUUUAUUUGUACAAAGUUUUGUCGAGAAAAGCGUGAAUUAAAUAAUAUAAUUUCUAUUUUUUUUUCUAA